UCCUGCAGCAGCAAUCCGUGCAUGAACGGCGGCACAUGUGGCACUACCGGUACUGUGUACACGUGCUCUUGCCCUACUGGGUGGGGUGGAACUAAUUGUAAUAUAUAUGUUGCAUCUGGGUGCGUGAGUAACACGUGUCUGAACGCGGGCGUAUGCUACGUGCAGGAAAAUGGUGAACACGUGUGCGUGUGUCAAGAUGGGUUCAAAGGCUCGAACUGCGAAACCGUUGCAAAUCCAGCAGUGUGCACAGCGGAUACCUGUAAACAUAAUGGCGCCUGCCAUGCAGUUGGCGACGAAACGUUGACGUAUCUAUGUAAAUGUUCUCCGGAAUGGCGGGGAACCAACUGUGAAAUAUCUGUAUUGAUUCCACCAUGCGACUCGAAUCCUUGCCAAAAUGAUGGGACUUGCGCAGAAACGUCGGAGGGAUUCUCGUGUAUUUGUAGAGAAGGAUAUGGAGGAACGGCAUGCGAAACAGACAUUAACGAGUGCCUUAGUGAUCCAUGUCAAAAUGGCGGAUCUUGUUAUGACAAAACAUUUGGCUACACGUGCAUAUGUUCUGACAUGUAUACAGGUCCUCACUGCGAAGACGAGUAUGCGUAUUUAUCCGGUUCGCCCAUCGCAGUACACUCACCCGGUGUGAUGCUAAUUAGCUUCAUACUAAUCACCAUAUUCCUAAGGUGACACGACUACAAUGUACUGUAAAAUGACUAAUUUUCACUGGGUUUAAAUUUCACUGAUUUACCAUUUCAGGCAUAUUCAGUGGGUUUUAAAUUCACGGUUUUAUCAUUUAGAUAAUGUGUUCUAUGCUAAAUUUUACAUAUUCACUGUGUUUUAAUUUAGCGCAUUUUUCCAGUCAGCGAAAUAAGCUAAAUUAAAACCCAGUGAAUAAUUACCCCCUUUACAGUACUCAAGAUUUGCUCCAGCUGCGAGUAAUUGCCAAAUAUUUAUACUUUUUGCACACAACGUUUUUUAUUAUUAAAUUCGAUUUUGCACCUUUAUUAAUUUCC